AUGUUUGCGAGAGCUGCUGCGAUAGCUUCGGUGCCUGUAAUGCGCGAGGGAACUGCGCUUGACGCAAUCGACAGCCGAAUUAUUCACUGCAAGGGCGCGUUGGCAAGGCUGAAAGAGCUGGAGCGUGUGGUGCGGCUGUUGACGGACUCCAUGGCCGGGAACUCGGCGGAGCGGACGAUCAUACCGCUGAUGAGCUACGUGUUGGCGCUGUGCCAAGGCCCACUAUUUGGCGUGUCGCCGACGCUGCGCAAGCGGUACGAGCUGCUCUCGCAGAUGCGGCUCGUGAAGCUGACGGAAGUGAACGCGGCAGCCAGUCUGGGCGCGGUGGACCUGUGGAGCAGGUGGCCCGCCGACGAGGACGACGCUAGCGCCGUGAGGAGUAAGUUCUACGAUGAGACGCUGCAUGGCCGCAUCUUGGAGCAUCUGCUGCACACUACCCGCAACUGCCAUGCUCUUUACCAGAGGCGCCACAAGCUGCUGCUGGCUGAGCGCGAUGCGUGUCGUACCGCCGAGACGCAGGAGUGGAACGACCUCUACUCGCUUGCUGUGGACGACUUUCUUGUCCCGUCAGAAAUUACGCUCGGGCUGGAGCUGGCUGUCUUGAUUACGGACAGGGAUACCGAUACCACCGAUAUGGCAUAUCAGAAGUUGAAUAUACAGGUGCUGGGCAUGCUGCUGGAAUACUUCAACGGGGUCGCCAUGCCCACUAUCAACCAAUAUUAUCUGGAACUACAGCGUGCGGUCAGGAAUAAAGGGAUAAACCAGAACAACAUUCUAACCAGCCUUCCGUUCUGGGCACACACCCUGCAUAGAAUUUUUGCCAUGCUCCUACGGGCCAAGUACUUGCUUGAUAUAAUCCAAUCAGUCCUGAGGCUUGCCUACCUCCCGAACAAGACGCACUUCUCACAUCCUACAGUUCAAUUGGCUAGUCCAAAUCUAUAUCUGUUCAGGAAUGUCUUGGAGAAGCUAGACGAGAUAUGCUGUGGCACCACAGUCCUUUCAGCCCGUGUUACCGAAUACAUUAGUCCGUUUCUGCAACAGGGCGUAACCCACCGGCUAACAUAUGACAAGGUGGUGCAUCUGUAUAAGGAAGCGGUUAGACCAACGGUAUCAAGUUUAACAGAAGCUAUUGAUCUGAUGUCGAACUUGCUGAAGUCCUGGGAAGCCAGUUGCUCCGCGGAGCAUAUAUCAAGGCUGCAAACGCUUUCCGAAGAUGAUGUGAGCACAUUGAGCGCAGUCGAAGAUAAGUUUUUAAUUGACAAGAGUCUUUAUGAGGAAGGACAAAAACGGAAACAAGAGAAUAAGAAGUCGCCAGCGGCGAACUCUACUAGCAAAAAGCAGGCUGUCACUCUUCAGCGAAGACCUUCCAACAGAAUUGUAAGUACAAAUGCUUCACCUCUCCGACAGCAGGUAAUCGCAAAUGGCGAGAAGCGUAUUUCCACCGCUCCUCCCAUGCGCAGGCGCUCAUUAUCUCUGCAGAGAGUAUCUCCUUCUCCCGAUCCGGAUGCCAAUAGGAGGUCAAACUCAUUACAGUUUUCUUCGACCAACCAGAUACUACUGCAAAGCUCAGUAAGAGAGGCCCUAUCGAGGUAUCAAUCGAGGCAUGCCAAUAUUGAACGUCCGCUUUCCACGCCACCCGGCACCUUUCCAUACCAUGCAUUUGCUAGCAGCAUGGUUGAUGAAGAGAGCCGGCGCAUAGCAAGCUUAAGCCUCGCUGAGGGUAAUGGACCCGCAGCAAUAAAGGUCAUGGCGAAUAUGGCCUCAGAAUAUGAAGAUACGUCCAGGGAGUCAUCCCUAAGUGGAUGUUGUAACUACCAGACAUAUGCUAAUCAGGUUUUGGCCCAACCACAGUUGGCCGGCUCGUUCCCCACGGUUCCUCUGGUAAAGAAAGUCCGCUUCACAGGUGUUCCUCCGCCGACCGAGGAUGAAGAUCCCAAACCUAAAAGGAAGGGGUGGUACAAAAAACCCGCUGUGCUACACUAUCCUACCCCGUCGCAAUCCAUGAUUCAGAAGAACAAGCAGCGGCACGAGGGCUAUGUUUUCCGUACGAGUUUGCGUGAACAACAACGCGAGAAACACAAACAGCCUGGAAGGCGGUUUGCUGCCUUCCUGGACCAUGUGAAGGACACAAAUACGUUGAGUGGCCAUAAAGCGGGCAAGAUCAAAUCGAAGUUGACGCGGUAA